UUUAAUGCAGACAAAGGACUCUAGAUUUUAUUUAAAACACUUUUGGCGAGUUGCAUCCAUGGACCCUCUGCAUCUUUCCCUCCCAUUGCAGACUGAUGGCAACACUUCGGCUUUGAGCUCUGGACAAGUGCCAAAAGUGCAUUACAAAGAAGCAGGAGGAAGAGGAGAGGGUCAAGAUACAGGACUAACUAUAACUUCAUCUGCUCAUGUAACUUCCAGGUUGAGCCCAGGUGAGCGAUUUCAGAGCCCACCCCUCUCCCAGUGCCACACCAAGGGCAAGAAGGACGCCAGGAGCACGGGCUGCAAUCUCAUCACCAUCUGCCAUUCAGGAUUAAUCUUUCCCUGGAUGAAUUCGCGGACAAGUGACGCCCAGCAGUCUGUCAGCAGCAGUGAGACUGGUCCUCUGGGAAGAGGCAGUCACAGCAUCCGCAGGGAGAGGACGGCCUUCACCAACAGCCAGCUGCUGGAGCUGGAGAAAGAGUUUCACUUCAGCCCAUACCUGUGCCGGCCACGCAGGAUGCAGAUGGCCGCUGGGCUCAAACUCACAGACCGCCAAGUUAAGAUCUGGUUUCAAAACCGGAGGAUGAGAUACAAGAAGGAACAGAAAGUCCGAAGGGGCCAGUUCCAGCAUAUGUCCAGCUCAUGUCAGUUCAAGAUUCCAGAUGCUGUAUCAUCUUUACCUGAGUUUCAAUCUUUGAACUUUGCUGCAAUGCCAUCUACAUUCUGCUCUUACAACGGGGUCCGCAGCAGUGGUCAGAGCAAUCUAGCUGACUUUCCUAAUGUGAACUGCAACCUGCUAUCUUUUGAAAAUGGGCAUGGGUCUUCCUGUGCAGCUAUAGACAGCCAUCGCACCACUGCUUUUUUUCAGUGAAACAUCCACAUCAACUUUAAAGCUGAAAAAAUUAGUCAAAAAGGUUUGGUUAAAAUGUUAUGGAACAGAAGCAAUAUAAAAUCCCUCUCUCAGACACAGACUCCUAUGAGUUUUUGUACAUAGACAUAGAGAAGUUUCUUCAUCUUAUAUUUUGAAGUUAAAAUGUCGUUGUGC